UCUAAACCCUUCUUUCAUUCUUCGCUUUCGCCAUUUAGCCCUUUCCAACCUAAUUCGCCUCUUUACCCCUCCCAUUCUUCCCGACAUCUCUCUUCGAUAGACGUCAAACCCUCUCCCUUCUUCGAUUCGAAACAAAUCUUUCCCUCGAAUCCCCCAAUUUCGAUCUCAGACCCCCGCGGUCCGCCCCCCAUUUGGCCUCCCCGUCGCAAAUUGUCGGGGAAUUGGGGAGGAUUUCGAUUAGGGUUAGGGUUCGAGGUUCCUGGGGAGGGGAGGGGGUUCUACGAAGCCGGAUCUCUGGAAUGAGAUGGAGAAGGUCGUCCAUGGCGAUAGGGGCGGCAUCAACGUGUCGCAGUCGAAGUCGGUGUGCGAGACCGUGAAUGGGUCGCACCGGUACACCAUCCAGGGGUUCUCGCUGGCCAAGGGGAUGGGGCUGGGGAAGUACAUGUCCAGCGGCACCUUCGAUGUGGGGGGCUACAAGUGGGCGAUCUACUUCUACCCCGACGGAAAGAACCCCGAGGACAACUCUCUUUAUGUGUCCGUGUUCAUCGCCCUGGCCAGCGAGGGGACCGACGUGCGGGCACUCUUCGAGCUGACCAUGCUCGACCAGAGCGGCAAGGACCGCCACAAGGUGCACAGUCACUUCGAGCGGGCGUUGGAGGGCGGGCCGUACACCCUUAAGUACCGAGGGAGCAUGUGGGGCUACAAGAGAUUUUACAGAAGAACAGCUUUAGAAACAUCGGAUUACCUCAAGGACGACUGUCUGAUUAUGCAUUGUACGGUUGGUGUUGUCAGGAACCGUAUCGAAACACCAACACAGUUUUCCGUUAGUGUACCAUCACCAGACUUGGGUCAGUGUCUAAAGGAGCUGUUGAAAUCUGGCAUUGGUUCUGACAUAGUUUUUCAUGUUGGGGAUGAGACAUUUAAAGCGCACAAGCGGAUUCUUGCUGCUCGCUCUCCAGUAUUUAAUGCCCAAUUCUAUGGCCUCGUUGGGAAUCCUAAUGUGGAUAGAGUAGAUGUAGAGGAUGUGGAACCCCCUGUUUUCAAGGCCAUGCUCAUUUUCAUAUAUUCGGAUGAGCUUCCUGAUGUUCAUGAAUUGACUGGUUCAAUUUCAAUGUGUACAUCUACAAUAAUGAUACAACAUUUAUUAGCUGCAGCUGAUAGAUAUGGUUUGGAUCGUCUGAGGUUGCUGUGUGAAGCAAAAUUAUGUGAAGGAAUCACUGCUGACACAGUAGCAACAACCUUAGCCCUCGCUGAACAACACCAAUGUGUUCAACUGAAGAAUGUGUGUCUAAAAUUCAUAGCUGUUCGAGAAAACUUAGGAGCUGUGAUGCAGACUGAAGGAUACAACUAUUUGGAGGGAACGUGUCCGUCGGUGCUUGCAGAACUUUUGGAAACUGUUGCUGUUGUGGAUAACGAUGCUGGUCAGGUGUGCCGAAAGAGGAGCAGUAGCAGCAACCUGGGGAUGAAUUCAAUGGACAGUGUUGAUUUGAACGGGGGGAGGCGAUUGCGCAGGCGGAUGUAGCAGUUAGGUCUCUCAAAAUUCAAAUGUAACCUUUGAUGUGCGUAAGCCACCUCGCACACAUGCAUUCUGAUUCUGUUGUACAUUUGUGUCAUGAGGUUGUUCGACUGACUUGUGUCUAAAUACAACUCUAUUAGCUUAUUUCAAACUUUGCUUCCUUUUUGGUUA